CGUUGACUCUAACUUAUUCUUCUCCACCUCUACCUUCAACCUCCACAAGAAUAACCACAAGAGAAAGAUCAUAAAAACGAGUUGUAACCAUAAGUACAAAUGAAGGCAAUGGGAAAGUGGCUAAGAAAUCCGAUGUAUCUCCACCUCCUGCUCAAUCUCCGUCUCAGCCGCAGAUGAAGCUAGAUGAUGUAAAUCCGGAGAGAUUGGAACUAAGUUGACGGCAGCUUGGCGAGAUGGCUAAUCCACAUGAACCUCAUUUCUUUAAGCCGCUGCUUCCUGGUUUCCACAGUGGCGUCACAAUACCACUUGCCUUCUUCUCAAAGCACAUAGAAGGGAAGACGAACCAGAAAACAUGGAAACUAAGAUCAGACGCUUCAGAUGAAACUUGGGAAGUGAUACAAGAAGGCAGGAGACUCACCAGAGGUUGGAAAGAUUUCACCACAGCACAUGACCUUCAAAUCGGUGACCUUGUCAUCUUCAAACACGAAGGAGACAUGGUGUUUCAUGUCACUCCUUUUGGUCCUAGCUGUUGUGAGAUUCAGUAUACACAUCCUCACAUCAUCAAGGAAGAAGCCGACGCGGGUGAUGCUGAUGACAAUGAGAUUAGAGGAACAGGGGCAAUGUCUUCUUUCUCCUUCGACUACUGUUUUUUGGCUGAGGUCACUGCUUCAAAUCUAAAAGCAGACAAGCUUUAUCUUCCUAAGCGAGCUACGAGUUCUACUGCUUUGAACAAACAAUGCCAAGAGAUGAUACUAGUGAACAAAGAGGGAAAUUCAUGGACUGCGAAUUUGCGAUUUAGCGAAUCAGGCGGCAUGUAUUACAUCACAAGAGGCUGGGGAAAGUUCUGUCGUGAUAACAGAUGCGACAUAGGAGACUUAUUUGUGUUCAAUCUGGUUGGAGAUGGGAAAUCUACUCCAUUGUUGUGUGUAUGUCCGGAAAGUAAAGAGUGUUCUGAACUACUAAGCAACCACUUGAGCAGAAAGUGUGGUGAGUCUUCUCCAUUGCCUUGCUUGAGACGUCUUUAACAUGCGUGUUCUUUCUUUGCUUCUGGUUUAACUUGCUUGUUUGGUUUUGUUAUGCAGGUGACAUUGCUUCAAGCUCACGGGUGAAUUAGGAGAAUGGUCAAGUAGUCUUCCGUCUCUUUAGCUUGUGUCUCUUUAGCUAUGUAUCUCGGACUUGUUUAGAGUUUCUAUCCUCUUGUUUUCCUUGCUACAAUGUACUUGUAUGAUCAGUUCAGUUUAGACUCAAGUUAAUCUCAAUCUGUUUAGGAUC